AUGUCUUCGUCUCCUCCACAGAAAGUGUCUCUCUACUCGGCCAAUGAUCUCAAAAACGCAACCGACGAUGCCCUUGCACCAUACCUCACCACGCUCCCCAAACCCUACGCCUUUAAACAAGAACACUACAUGACAAACGUAAAACUUGCUCUGGGGUACACAGCCGUUCUGAUCGCCGGAAUACUGUUCUAUGCGGAUUGGAAACUUGGGUGGGACGCGACGAAGGCGUACACAGGACCUGCAUGUGUCGCGUAUUUUUUACUGAACAGUGCAUUGACAUUCUGGAUCUGGGCGGUGGAAGCAGGCACAGUGUUCGUGGGUGUCAGGGAGGGAGGGCAAAAGCUCACGCUCCGCUCAUCCGCGCAGAAGUACUCCCCUGUCUACAAACUCAAAGUCACCUACUCGGCGCCCUCGACUGGCAAGAAAUGGGAAGACAAGGAGAUCACCGGAAACUACACAGAGUGGUUUAAUAUACAUGGCUAUCUGGACCGCAAAGCUCUCCAGGCAUGGUUGAACGCCAACAUCGAUGUGUUGAGGAAUGCACAGGAGGAAAUGGCCAAGAAGGACAAGACUGACAGGAUUCCCGUCAUGAUGCCCGCGGUACAGGCCGACCAAACGACACUCACGUCCGGUUUGGAGACCAGCCCAGUGCCAGCAAGCGCUAAGAAGGGACGGUCGAAGAAAAAGGCUUAA